AUGCGGUUGAGUCCACGUGAAGUUGACCAUUUGAUGCUGCAUACGGCCGGUUAUUUGGCUCAAAAGCGUUUGGCACGAGGUCUUCGUCUCAAUUACAUUGAAAGUGUCGCUUUGUUAGCCACACAAAUCCUGGAAUUGAUUCGAGAUGGCAAGACGGUAGCGGAACUGAUGACCCUUGGUGCACAAAUGCUUGGCAGACGUCAAGUGAUGGACGGUGUGGCCUCCAUUCUGGAUAAUGUGCAAGUGGAAGGCACGUUUCCGGACGGAACGAAGCUUGUGACGGUUCAUAAUCCCAUUGCCAAUUUGGAUGGAGAUUUAUCGAUGGCUCUCUAUGGGUCUUUCCUGCCUGUGCCGAAGCUGGAGGUCUUUGGUCAGCUGUCUGCUACCACGUCAACGGUAGCUCCAGGAGCUUUCAUUACUCAAGACGCGGACAUUGUACUCAACCUGGGUCGAAAAACACGCGUGCUGCAGAUUACCAACUUGUCUGAUCGACCGAUUCAAGUUGGAAGUCACUAUCAUCUCAUUGAGGCCAAUCCGUACUUGGAAAUGGACCGAAAACUCGCCUAUGGCCACCGCCUCAACAUUGCAUCGGGCACUGCGAUACGGUUUGAACCGGGAGAUCAGAAGACGGUUUCAGUUGUUCCUAUUGCCGGGAACAAGGUGAUUACUGGUGGUAAUAACCUUGCGACCGGAAUGGUGGACGAGUCAAAGGUGGACACUUUUGUUGCGAAGGCACUUACUGAGGGUUUUCACCACAAGAAAUUGGAUCUCACCAAGCUGCCCAGUCAUGUGACUCAACCUGAGUUCGGAAUCUGCAAGAUGCCCAAGAGUGUGUACGCGCAGACGUAUGGUCCUACCACGGGAGAUGCUGUACGUCUUGGUGAUACGGAACUAUUCGUGGCGGUGGAAAAAGAUAUGACAGUGUAUGGAGAUGAAUGUAAAUUUGGUGGUGGUAAGACGCUGCGUGAAGGUAUGGGUCAAGCAUCUGGAAAGACGUCAGCUCAAGUGGUGGACACGAUCAUCACCAACGCGUUGAUUGUGGACUACUCGGGCAUCUACAAGGCCGACGUUGGCAUCAAGGAUGGGUUGAUUGCAGGCAUUGGCAAGGGAGGCAACCCGGAUGUGAUGGACAGUGUAAUGCCAAAUCUAAUUGUGGGCGUGAACACGGAAGUGAUCGCAGGAGAAGGCUUGAUUCUAACUGCAGGAGGCAUUGACGCUCACGUGCAUUUUAUUUGCCCACAGCUGUGCACCGAAGCACUUGCAAGUGGCUUAACUACGCUCGUCGGUGGAGGUACUGGUCCAGCAACAGGUACAAAAGCUACAACAUGUACUCCUGGUCCGAGCCAUAUGAAGCUGAUGCUACAGGCGACAGACACAAUACCGAUGAACAUUGGUCUGACAAGCAAGGGCAACACUGCGCUUCCCAAAGGUCUCCAAGAUACAAUUGAUGCAGGUGCUGUUGGUAUGAAGCUUCAUGAAGACUAUGGGACUACUCCUGCGGCUAUCGAUAACUGCCUCCGUGUCGCGGAGGAGAACGAUGUUCAAGUGACAAUCCACACCGACACGUUGAACGAGUCAUGUUGCGUAGAGCACACUAUCAAGGCAUUCAAGGGCCGAACAAUUCAUACGUACCACAGUGAAGGAGCUGGCGGAGGCCACGCUCCGGACAUCGUGACCGUGUGUGGUGAGCCAAAUGUGCUUCCGUCGUCGACAAACCCGACUCGUCCGUACACUCGUAACACAAUUGAUGAGCACGUGGAUAUGCUGAUGGUGUGCCAUCACUUGGACGCAAACAUUGCAGAAGAUGUGGCCUUUGCUGAAUCGCGUAUCCGUGGUGAGACCAUCGCUGCUGAAGACUUAUUGCAUGAUAUGGGAGCAAUCAGUAUCAUCUCAUCGGACUCGCAGGCAAUGGGACGCGUCGGUGAAGUAAUUACGCGCACGUGGCAAACUGCUGACAAGAUGAAGAAGCAGCUUGGUCUUCUUCCUGAGGACGCAGCAUCGGAUCACAAGCGUGACAACUUCCGUGUUCGGCGCUACGUUGCCAAGUACACGAUAAACCCCGCUAUAGCCCAUGGAAUGUCACACCUUAUUGGAUCCGUGGAGGUGAACAAGCUAGCUGAUCUUUGCUUGUGGAAGCCGUGCUUCUUCGGCAGCAAGCCCGAACUUGUAAUUAAAGGUGGUGCUAUUGCGUACGCUCAGAUGGGUGACCCAAACGCAUCCAUUCCGACGCCCCAACCCGUGAAGAUGCGCCCCAUGUUCGGUGCUCUUGGUGCUGCUGUUGGCAUGGGCUCGAUUGCUUUUGUCAGUCAGAGCUGCAUGGACAAGAAAAUUGCGCAGUCGUAUGGAUUGAAGAAGCGCAUUGAACCGGUCCGUCAUUGCCGAGGCAUUACGAAGAAAGACAUGAAGUUGAACGACGCGUUGCCAAAGAUUAAGGUCGACCCAGAGACAUACAAAGUGCACGCCGACGGAAAACGACUGACCUGCGGCCCAGCGUUAUCGGUUCCACUGGCGCAGCGGUUCUUCCUGUUCUAA